AUGGCCUCUCAUCAUUUAUCAAAUUGUAUUGGAGGUCGAAAAUCUUUCAUAAUUUUAUCAAUAAUAUUUCUUUGCUCACUGGGGCUGUUAUGUCUUAUGUACUACAAUCUGCCUGAUUUCGACGAGGAGGAGUUGAAAAAUUUUAAACUACCGCGAAACAUAGAAGAAGCUAAAUCAUUAGGGAAAGUAUUAAUAAAGUACAAUGAAUCUCACUACCUAUUUGUAGUCUUUGGGUUUUUCAUCACCUAUAUAUUUUUGCAAUCUUUCGCAAUUCCUGGCUCCAUAUUCCUGAGCCUCCUGUCAGGGUUUCUUUUUCCAUUCCCACUGGCUCUGUUCCUCGUCUGCCUGGCAUCAGCUGUUGGGGCUUCGUGCUGUUAUAUGCUCUCCUACUUGGUAGGUCGACGAUUGGUUUGGUCAUUUCUGCCCAAUCGAGCUAUGCAAUUCUCUGAUAAGGUGGAGCGACAUAGAGACCAGAUAAUAAACUACAUCAUCUUCUUGAGGCUUACACCCUUUCUUCCUAACUGGUUCAUCAACGUCUGCUCUCCUAUCGUCAAUGUACCCAUCCUACCAUUUUUCCUCGGGACCUUCAUCGGUGUGGCUCCUCCCUCAUUCAUGGUCGUCCAAGCGGGCACAGCUCUGCACCACACCACGUCAUCUGGAGAGACUCUGUCAAUCACCUCAAUAAUUGUCCUGGCCGUUCUAGCGAUUUCAUCAAUUAUUCCAGUUAUAAUCAAGAACUAUUUUAAAAAGAAAUUCGACUGA